AUGAUACACAGCAGGCACAGACUCACCACGUCUCAAAUGGUGGUGGCAAAGUGUAGUGAGCGUUCCAUCACUAACAUACGCAAGAACAUGCGGUUGUUCGGCAGUGUCAGAUCUCCCCCAGUUCCUGCUGGCCGACUAGCAAUCAUCACUCCAGUGAUGCUGGAUGUCCUUUGUAACCACCUCGCUAAAAACCUUGCCUCGUCCAACAUGCUCUUUCCCAGGCUAGCUGGACAAAAAGGAAAGCCCAGCAGAAGGCGGAAAAGCAGAACUCUUGACUACGAGAUUUCUACCAGCAUAAAAUACCCCGAAUUUCGUUCGUAUCAUCUGGUUUUGUUGAUGAAUCUGGAUGUGAUAAACGUGUGGGAUGGGAUAUAUCUAUUACAGUACUGUACCUCGCGGUCAAUAACUCCCAGAUAUAAGGUUACUGAUCUAAGAAUCCUCAGGCCUAUUGAGUUCGGCAAGGGUAAUAGAUACUAG